AUGACGACUCAGAUCUUUGGACUCUUGCCAAAUGGAAUUCUUGCAUUUUGGCCCGCAAGUGUGCCAUUAAAAGAGUUCGCUUUCCUAACGGCAAACGUCCAGCUCAUGACUGCUGUAUUUUACACCUGGGCGAACGAGGUGUGUGCCGGCGAUAACGAAGAACGAGCCGUGGUUGUCAGUAGCAUGAAUGGCUUCCAAUAUGCCGUAGCCGCUUGGUUACCUAUUCUCAUUUUCCCGCAGACCAUGGCUCCAACAUUCCGUAAGUGA